CAAGUUAAUAUUGCCAGUACGUUCUGGAAUAUUCUGAUACAACGUGCCCAGCCAAUUGUCAAAUCUUUUGCUCUCCUUAUCUGUCAGGCCAAUGGAAGCUUCAUUGUUCAGCCGAACAUGACAACAGCAGAAGGAGGUUGUCAGGACAACAGGGCCAACCUUACCCUAAUCUUCAAAGAGGGCUCCAUCAACUUCAUGUUCAACAAGAGCGCUGAUAAUACCGUCUACGUUGAUGCUGUGUCUUUCAACCUCUCCUACCCCUUGGCCAAAGGACUUUUUGCAGGCCAAACCCUGUACACGGCCAACAACAAAUCCAUGCAUCUCUUCGCUGCGAAGCUCGGAAACUCCUACUCCUGCAAGAAGGAAUCACUCUUCAUGGGGAAUGGACUGUACCUUGACGUAGAUCAAGACCGGAUGCAGGCCUUCAACCUGCCCAAGAACAGCGAGUUUGGCACUGCUGAACCCUGUGCUGCAGACCGGCCUGACUACCGCGUUGCCAUUGGGGUUGGAGUGACGUUGCUGGUGCUCAUUAUCAUCGUGGUGGUUGCAUACCUGCUGGGCCGCAGGAAGAGGGCCAAUGGCUCCCAGUCCUUGUGAGGCAGGCCCGGGAGAACAAUUUACAGAUCAAUCCUAUUAUAAACCAAAGUUUCCGAGGCUGGGUUCCUUCUCAGGGGUUAAACCCAAAAUUCACGAUUACGAUGUGCCAGUUUUCUGUUCAUCUACGCCUUAGGUUACCAGAUUUGCUCUUAUUAACAGUGCAAAAACUGUGUUCCCACCGAGUUCCCAACUGGAGUGUGUCAUUGGAAUAAUUUUAGUCUUUGAAAGUGCGGAUUAUAACUACGCUAUUAUUCAAUUUAUACAUUCAAUGUAAAACAAAAUGAAAAGCUCAUGAAACUGGCCAGUUAUUCGCUCUUUUAUAUUUUUAUAAUCACUUAAUUAAUAAUUUGAUUUUAAAAUUGAGUCACAAAAUAAAUUAGAAUUUGACUUUUCUUCAUUCCAUUAUCAUAUUUGUCUGUCUGUCGUUUGAUCGCAGGAAACAAAUUAAGUUAUGAAAUGUGUAAGCAGAAUUUUCAGCAAUCAAUUAAAAAAGAAAAAAAAUCAAUAACUAAUUAAUUCGAUUAAUUAUUAAUUAAUUAUUAUUUUAAAAGUAAUUAGAGAGAGAACAGUCCAGUGGCAUGCUCCAUAAAUAUGAGGUUUGAUAUGCAAAUAGUCUUGAUAUGUGGGCCAUUUGAAGCGAGUGAAUUACAGAUUUACAGAUGAAUUCUCGUCCGGCUGGACAGAUUCCUGAAAUGGCAUUUGUAUAUUGAGACACUGAAAACGAUACAAAUAAUGACAUUUUUUACGUACUGACAUCUUCCUAAAUACCCAAAUAACAAACUGACCAAACGGUCUCAGUUUACAAUCCAUGCAGGUUAUUUUGUAUUGGUGUUCAGUAUUGUGACAAUGAUGCCAAUUUAUAUUCAAUUUCUGACACAAGACUUUUAUCCGUCCAUCCUACAUUAUACAAGUGAGCAUAAAAGAGAUUUUAUGGAAGUUAUUUCUUAAUUAUAUUCCAAUUGUCUAAGGAAGUACACAAUAAAGUGUAUUUUAGAUUUUCUUUAUUGUUUCAUGAUUCUGUGGAAAUGUUUAGUUAUUCCUUUGUUUUUAAAGAAUCAAAUAUAGGUUCCUCUGCGUUCACGGGAUUUACUUUUUUGGAAAGAAGGGAAGCAUAUCCGUAAUGUAAGUUGUUACUGAAUGUAUCUGUAUUAAUUAUCAUAAAGGGAAAAUGAUUGGGAUGUUAGUGAGGGAUUAUUAAAAUCUAGUCAACAAUAAUUGCACUGAUUGCUAUUCCAGCUUCUUUAAUUGAUAGGUAUCGGGGUUGUGUAGAACUUUUUGUCAAACUCUCGAAAAGAAAGAAAAUGUAUGUAUUUACUUUAACCAUGCAUUUAGGUGGACAUAAAAUAAAUGAAUAAAUGCUCUGCUGACAA